AUAACAUGGAGGGCCUAUAUGGUAAGUAAACUGAGAUGGGUAAAUGGGAAUGAGAUACAUCAAGGUAGGAGGAGUCAGCAUUGGAAUAAUCACCAUACUCACAUCAUACUCAAGCAAAGUGGCUGGGUCUGGAGCAGACUGUUCUACAAAAAUAAGUGAAACAAGAGAAGGUAGAGGCACACCUCAUUAGCAAAUACUGGUGUUCGUGGAAAGGGAGACGUGGACAGCACAAGACAGCGUGGCAUGGCUUGGAUUACCUUCUACCUUCUAAAUGUUCUCUGGGCUGUGGCAGGAACCAGCACCCAAAACUCUUGCUCUGUCCCCGCAGAACAGCAGCCCUGGGUCAAUGGCCUACAAGUGCUCAUGGAGAAGUCGGUGACAAAGUCAGACUUCACAAAUCCCAGCAUCCUGAUUGCCAUGAACCUGGCCGGUGCCUACAAUCUGGAGGCCCAGAAGCUCCUGACUGACAGGCUCAUGGCCACUGACAGUGCAGACCUGACAAGCGGGCAGCUCGCUCUCACCACUAUGGCGCUCACCUCCUCAUGCCGAGACCCUGGAAAUAAAGUAUCCAUUCUGCAAAAGAAAAUGGAGAACUGGGUACCUCCAAGCCCCGGUGCUGAAGCCUCAGCCUUCUAUGGGCCCAGUCUGGCGAUCCUCGCACUGUGCCAGAAGAACUCAGAGGCAACCUUACCCAUCGCAGUGCGCUUUGCUAAGACCCUGAUGAGGGAGUCUUCUCCCUUCAAUGUGGACACAGGAGCAGUAGCAACCUUGGCCCUGACCUGCAUGUACAACAGGAUUCCUGUAGGUUCUCAGGAAAAUUACAGAGACCUGUUUGGUGAGGCACUGAAGGUUCUUGUGGAUAAUAUCAGCUUGAGGAUCAAAGCUGAUGGCAUCAUCGGAAACAUCUACAGCACCGGCCUUGCCAUGCAGGCUCUGUCUGUGACACCUGAGCAACCUAUCAAGAAAUGGGACUGCCAGAAGACUAUGAAUGUGAUACUCAAUAAGAUUAAGCAGGGGAAAUUUGAAAACCCCAUGUCCAUUGCUCAAAUUCUCCCUUCCUUGAAAGGCAAGACUUACCUAGAUGUGCCCCAAGUAAAUUGUGGUCCUGAUCAUGAGGUGCCACCAACUCCAGCUGACUAUCCUACCCCCGUCCCCACCUCACCAUCUAAUAUUACCGUCAUAUACACCAUAAACAACCAGCUGAAGGGGGUUGAUCAGCUCUUCAGUGAGACUAUCGAGGUUAGUGUGAGGAAUGGAUCUGUGCUACUUGCUGUCCUAGAAGAAGCGCAGCGCAAAAACUCCAUGUUCAAAUUUGAAACCAGAAUGACAUCUUGGGGCCAUUUUGUUACUUCUAUCAACAAUAUUGCUGGAAAUGUUAAUCACAAGACAUACUGGCAGUUCCUUAGUGGCAAAACACCUUUGGAUGAAGGGGUCGAUUAUUAUGUUCCCUCCAACUAUGAGCACAUCACAGCCAACUUCACCCGAUACUGAGGAGGAUCUUCUGCUGAAUGUGACCAAAGGAUGAGUUUUUUUUUUUCAUUUCAUUAC